CAUUUGAGAGUCAAAUGAAAUAAUCUUGUCAAACAUAAACAACAUGUGCUACUGUCUUUUUCUAUUUAGCGAAGAAUAUUUCAUAACCUUAGUCGACUCUUCCUUUUCUUCUGAAAUCGGAAAUAAACAUCCGGAUUUAUUUUUCUGUUCAGUUUGUUGUUGCGAGAUCUGUUUCAAUUCUGUCAAAUGCAAAUACACAGUUCAAAAAUGUCUUCAUUUUACAUUGUCAGAUAAAAUACCAAUUAUCAAAUCUAAGGAACCAAAUGUAGGAACAAAUACGUCUUUUUCAAGCAACAGAUUAAAUGCUGCUAUCAAUACAAAUAUGGCAGGCACAACUGAUUGUGUCGCGAUCCAUAAUGCAGUCUCAAAGUGUGAAUUUUACUUAAACACUAAAUCAUGUAAAACUGAUGGACUCUUGGAUUAUAUGUUUUUUAUUUAUUGUUAUAUACCUCCUCAAUAUACAUAUUUUGCCAUCGCACUUUGCAUUCUGUUUCUUCUUUUACUUUUCAUUGGACUGGGCGUGACGGCUGAUGAUUUUUUAUGCCCGUCACUUGUUGUUAUCACCAAGACAUUACAUCUAUCACAAAACAUCGCUGGUGUUACGUUCCUAGCAUUUGGAAAUGGUGCUCCUGAUAUAUUUUCCUCCUUAGCUGGUACUGAACAAGCUAGAUUAGAGCUUGUUAUGGGAACUCUUUUUGGAGGAGGUAUAUUUGUUACAUCAGUAGUAGCUGGAUCAAUAAUUGUUGCAAAACCAUUUAAAAUAAUGGAAAGGCCAUUUCUUAGAGACAUAAUAUUCUAUGUUUGUGCUGCCUUUUGGACGUUUUUGAGAAUUUAUUAUGGAGAAGUUACUAUUUGGCAUUCUGUCGGAUUCAUCGUUCUAUACAUCCUCUACAUUUUUGUUGUGAUCAUAAGUCGGCUUAUUUAUAACAAAUAUAAAGAUAAAAAUGCACCAAAAAUACCUGGAUUCAGUUUCCGUGGGAGUAUUUCUGUGGCAGUGGCAAAAAAGCGUCGUUCAUCCACUCAUUCACAUCAUGAACAUGUCAUUAAAGCCAUCACACAAUCCGUUGAUAGCUAUUCAAAUCCAGCUUUUGUCAAUGGAUAUCCACCACCAUUUGAUACCCAGGUAUCCAAAACUAGUCUUUCAAGUCUUUUAACUUCAAAUGGAGAACAAACAACAUUAAAAGAAUUCCUACUACAAGUUUGUCCGAUUGACAUUCUAGCCUGGCCUGACAAAACUUGGCCUUUCAAAAUAGUUGAUGUUAUAAAGGCACCCAUUUGUGGACUUCUAAUUAUUACAGUUCCAGUUGUCGAUUAUGAAAAUGACAAAGAUAAUUGGUGCCGUCCUCUGUGUAUAAUUCAAUGUCUUACUGCCCCUAUGUUUGUAGUAUUUGCUCUUGGUAAAUACAAUGUGAUGUUGUGGAAUACUAUGCCUCUGUGGGGUGUCAUUUUGAUUGCUUCUGUAAUAGUUGCGUUUGUUGUUUUUUUCACAUCGUCCAAUGAUUCUCAGCCAAUUUAUCAUUCUAUGUUUGGAUUCAUUGGAUUCGUCGCAUCUGUCGUUUGGGUAUACCUUCUAGCAUCAGAAAUUGUUUCAUUAUUAAAGACUGUGGGAGUAAUUUUUAAACUAAGUGAUACAAUCCUUGGCCUUACAGUCUUAGCAUGGGGAAAUAGCAUUGGAGAUUUCAUUUCAAAUCUUUCAGUCGCAAGGCAAGGUUAUCCUAGAAUGGGAAUAUCUGCUUGCUAUGGUGGACCACUUUUAAAUUUACUCUUAGGUAUAGGAAUACCUUACACAAUUAUGAUAAUCAGAGGUGGACAACCACUACAGCUGAAAUACGAGAGAUUAACGACCCUUUUGUAUAGUACUCUAACAAUCAUCCUACUCUCAACGAUUGUGACUAUCACAGCUCUUCGAUUCCAAGCUAAACGAUGUUUUGGUAUAAUAUUAAUAUGUAUGUAUUUCGCUUUCUUAGCUAUUGCUAUUAUUUUAGAAACAGGAAUCAUUUGAAUAAUGCUAAUGAACUUACAAAAUAAAGCUUUAGCUAACAGAAA